AUGGAAACAUCAUCACCUAUUCAAGAAUCUUCUUGUCUUCAUCAAUCAGACUAUGUUUCUUCUUUAUUAGAUAUUGAAUGCUCAGUAUCAGCUCAUAUUGGUUAUUCUAAUAAUGAGUAUGACGACUGGAUUCCUUUUGACAAAAAUGCAUUUCAACAUUCAAUAUCAUAUCCAUACAAACAAACCCAAUCUAUUCAGAAAUAA